AGCGGAGUGAGUGGAAAUUUACUCAGCUUCCCUCCCCCUGUAAAAUGCAGAGCUCUGUCUGCCUUGCAGGAUGUUUUGAUGAAAGUCAACCGUUUUGUUACCCUUCUUAUCUCCUACUGACCGCUCGUCUUUUUUCUUUUUUUUUAUCAUUCAAGAAAUAUGUGAAGAUAGUGGCUGUCUUGUUGCCCCUGAAAAACAACCAAUCCGUAAUGUCAGUAUGUUAACCUCAUAAAAGAUAUUGGAAUUUUCCACUGUUUUGAGUAUGAAUAGCAGAGGUAUGUUGCAACCACAUACGAUGAUGACACAAUACAUUUAGAAAAAGUAAAUGUGGGGUCAAUAUGUCAUCCCAGUGCAUUAGAUAUAUUGGAAUGUUUCCCUAAAGGUUUUGUUGCAAAUUAAACGUGCGAUUUCAGACAAAUCUAUAUGUGCACGUCACCUUCAAACAAUCAGAUUAGUUUUCUCUAAUCAGUCCAUGUAGGGGGAGUGUCUGGUACUUUCCAUGACUUGCAGCAGCGCAGACUUUUAAACCUCUACCUGGCCGCUUAUGCUGUAGCACUCGUCACUUUGACUGCCUUUUAUAUGUUGAGAAAUGCUUAAAUCAAUAAAAUUCCACGGACAUUAUUUGAUUAAUCAGCGACAGUUUUGUAAUAUUCCUCAUCUUCUUUCCUUUUAAUUAAUUAUUUGUUGUAUAGACAAAAAUCCUCUCUUUCAGUAUCCGAAAACAAGGGAGCAUCCAUAAAAGGUGGGUGUGUCCCCCAGAGAGGAGCGGUUCGAUAUAUAUAUUUAUUUUUUUGUGAACACAAAGAACAAAAAGCCAAUCGCGUCACGAGUGAGCCACACGUGUGGGGCGUGGCCUAGCCUCGGUCUAGUAAAGUAUAAGGAGAAGAGGGGGCUUGGCAUCCCCACUAACAUCAUUCAAAUCACCGUUAUAAGACACUGCAUUCUUUUUUUUGUGUUUUUAAUUUUCUCAAAGAAGGACGUUUCUUUUGUCUUCCUUCCACAGGAGAGGUGCACUGGGUGCUGGAAGGAGCGCUCCUUUCUUCCUCAUCAUUCUUCCACGGGGGCGUGUUUGCUUGUCUCCUUUAGCAUCCCAACAGCUAGCUUAAAAGGAACAAAAACUCUAGACUUUUCUAGACCAGAAGCCCACAACAUCCUAUAAAAGUAGAACACCGUGAGUGCCAGUGGAUAAGCCCAUCUGACGCACUGCUAGUGAAUUAGACCUGGCGGUGGAUACCACAGCUUCCAUCCAGACAGCAAACCAAAGCAGAGCAUUUCUAGUUUGUUUUUUUUGUUUCAUAAGAUUACUGAAUUUUCACUGAUUACUCUAAGAAGUCCCUUUUUUACUUUUGAAAAUGAGUCGAAUGGAGACGGCCGAUAUUGCUGUCGUAGUGCUGUACUUUGUCCUGGUGUUCGUCAUCGGCUUCUUCGCCAUGUGGAAAGCCAACCGUAGCACCGUCACCGGCUACUUCCUGGCCGGACGCUCAAUGUCAUGGAUAGUGAUUGGUGCGUCGCUCUUUGUGAGUAAUAUCGGCAGCGAACACUUCAUCGGGCUGGCUGGAUCAGGAGCAGCAAGUGGAUUUGCAGUGGGAGCGUGGGAGUUUAAUGCCCUCCUGCUUCUUCAGCUGCUCGGCUGGGUCUUCGUCCCCGUGUACAUCCAUUCGGGAGUCUUCACUAUGCCCGAGUACCUGUCCAAGCGCUAUGGUGGAAACCGACUCAAAGUCUAUUAUGCUUUCUUGUCCUUGCUCCUCUACAUUUUCACCAAGCUGUCUGUGGACUUGUAUGCCGGUGCACUCUUCAUCCAGGAGUCCCUUGGGUGGAACCUUUACGUGGCCAUUGUCCUGCUAAUUAGUAUGACCGCCCUGCUCACUGUCACUGGUGGACUGGUGGCUGUUUUGUACACAGAUGCCCUCCAGGCAGUUUUGAUGAUCGGUGGAGCCUUAACAUUAACUAUCAUCAGCCUUGUUAAAGUGGGCGGGCUAGAAGGUGUCAAAACUAAGUACAUGGAGGCCAUCCCCAAUGUUACUGCCAUCAUGGCCGCAGGGAACUACACCUAUUCUCCCUCCUGUCACAUUCAUCCCAAACCAGACUCCCUUCGCCUUCUUCGCGGCCCUUUAGAUGAAGACAACCCCUGGCCAGGCUUCAUCUUAGGCCAAACCCCUGCCUCCAUUUGGUACUGGUGUGCUGACCAGGUCAUUGUUCAGAGAGUGCUCGCAGCAAAGAACAUUGUCCAUGCAAAGUGCUCGACACUCAUGGCAGGGCUCCUCAAGAUCCUUCCCAUGUUUGUUAUUGUCAUCCCGGGCAUGAUAUCUCGCAUCUUGUUUGCAGAUGAGCUAGCUUGCAUCGGGCCAGAGCACUGCAUGGCUGUAUGCGGCUCUCAGGCAGGCUGCUCCAACAUUGCGUAUCCUCGUCUGGUCAUGGCCGUGAUGCCCGUUGGACUCAGGGGUCUGAUGAUGGCAGUCAUGAUUGCUGCCCUGAUGAGUGAUUUGGACUCCAUCUUCAACAGUGCAAGCACCAUCUUCACUCUGGACAUUUACCAGACGGUCCGGAAGAAGGCGUCCCAACGCGAGCUGCUCCUUGUGGGCCGCGUGUUUGUGGUGGGCAUGGUGGUCAUCAGCAUCGCUUGGGUUCCUGUCGUCAUUGACAUGCAAGGUGGUCAGACAUAUCUCUACAUCCAGGAGGUUGCUGGCUACCUCACGCCACCAAUCGCUGCCCUGUUCCUGCUUGGUAUUUUCUGGAAGCGCUGUAACGAGAAAGGUGCUUUCUGUGGAGGCAUGAUCGGGUUCACUCUAGGUACCAUACGACUCAUCUUGGCUUUUAUAUACCGGCAGCCUCCCUGCGACCAGCCAGAUACCAGACCUUCAUUCAUCAUUAACGUCCACUACAUGUAUGUUGCGGCCGGUCUCUUCUGGAUCUCAGGACUGGUGGCUGUGGUGGUCAGCCUUCUCACGUCUCCGCUGGAUGAAGAGCAGGUCCACACCACAACAGUGUGGGGGCUGCGCCACAUAAAAAAAGUGCCCUGUAAGGAUAAAGAGCAAAUGUACAGGCUUACAGAGAAGAGCCAUUGCAAUGGCGACGGAAGCCUACACAAAGAAUUACCCCCAGACGUUAAAAAGGAGCGAUGUCUGGACGGAGCCGAUAUCAAACUCCUGGUCCCGUCUACGGACCACGAUCCUGCAACCCCAAGCAACAGUGCGUCCCCUGCCACCACCCCGGCGGACAGAUUCGGCAACAGGCAGCUAGAGAUGCCCCGAGAUGAAGAACAACAUGGCGACGGCAGCAGCGAGACCAGCCGGUGCAUUCGUGCACUGGACUGGUUUUGCGGCUACAAGGCACCAUCGCAGAACGCUCAGCACAAAAUGUCCCAGGAGGACGUUGUGGUCGUUGCAGAGAUUCUGUACGAGUCCCCGCGAGUCAAAGUCCUCCUCAACUUGGGCCUAUUGUUUGUCUGCUCUGUGGGUAUCUUCAUGUUUGUCUUUUUCUCGCUUUAGUUUACACUUUGAAUCAAAUAACUGGUGGGGAGGGGGCUUUUAAAGAAGGAAGGUGGACAUGGAGCGAGGGGGGUUAUGCUGUUACAAACAGAUACGUUUAUAUAGCUUUGAGAAGCUCUGUCUGUAAUAUUUACAGUUGUCUUAUUUAGCUCUUUAACAGAGAUCUAAGCUUAUUCUAGUCAUUUUUUCUGGAAUGAUGAAAGCUUCCCCACCAACAAAAAUGUACUCCUUUUGAAGACUUUACCUAGCGCUUGCCUGUACGUUUUGUACAGCGCUUGUUGUUAAUCCUGCGCUCUGAAUAUCUACUGGGAUUUCUAGAAGUGAAUUUUAAUAUUUGCCUUACUUGACAUAUGCACCUGUGUUUUUAUUCAUUGUUGUAUUGUGUGAAAAAUGUCCUGUGAUUUAUUUGUUCUUUCUCGGUUGACCGUGAUUGCAAGCUUCGUUGCUGCUGUAUCAUUCAUGUGUUUGUAGUAAGAGUAUUGUCGGGGUGUCACGGUACAUGAAUUUGUAAUCAAAUUUUCCAAUAUGGUACAGAGGUUUACCCAGAACACAGACAAUUUUCAGUAGGGGUAGAAUUAAAUCAGCUUUGCUUCUUCCCCCUUGUCAUACAUGUUGAAUUGUGCAAUUAAUUAAACGUGCUGUACUUGAGUUUGUCUAGCAUUUGCUUAAUAAAUGAAACCAUUCCCUUUAAAGUUGUCUCGACAACAACUAA